UCCCCGUCAGGCGUAGCGGCACCUCCCCUGGCCCGCCUCCUAAAGAGAGGCUUUGCGUGUUGAUUCGUCCAUAUAUCGGUCAAGCUAGAGAAUCCUUAGUAUUAUUGGAUAAAGACGAGUCAAUCACUUAAAUAGGGGCAAGGCGAGGAGGUGGAUCUACGAAGAUCCCCGCCCACAGAAAGUGCUGAUUGGCGACCGAGCGGCGGCGCUUGGUUCCCUAGCAACCGGGGGACGCUGUUGCUUCGCAGACCCAGCCCGGAAGCCGGCGCCUGAGAGGAGAGGAGAGGAGAGGAGACCCGGGGCGGACAGCGGGGAGAGAGGUUCCGGCUGUCAUCGUCAACCUCUGCACGUCUGUGUGAUCAUUCUCCCUUGGCUUUGGCUGGGAAUGCAGGGUCGUCCCUGUUAGUAACUCCGCUGUGUGACCUUGGCCAAGUAUCUUCUUCCCCUCCACCGCGUAUCUGAACCCUGUGCCAUGUCCCGGCCUGCAGAGCUGGAAACUGCUGCACCUGCUUCCCGGCGAAGAGGCUCUUCAGGUCGCAGCGGCGUCGGACUUGAAGCUGCUGUCUCUGCCGCCUAACUCUGGGCUCACUGACGCCACUGACAGGGAACAUGAGCCGGCUGCACAACUCCAUAGAGCCGCGCGUGAUGGACGACGAGAUGCUGAAGCUGGCCGUGAGCGAGCAGGGGCCUCGCGAGGAGGCCGGGCAGCUGGCCAAGCAGGAGGGCAUCCUCUUCAAAGAUGUCCUGACCCUGCGGCUGGACUUCCAGAACAUCCUGCACAUUGACAACCUCUGGCAGUUCGAGAACCUGCGCAAGCUGCAGCUGGACAACAACAUCAUCGAGAGGAUCGAGGGCCUGGAAAACCUCGUCCACCUGGUCUGGCUGGAUCUGUCCUUCAACAACAUCGAGGUCAUCGAGGGCCUGGACAGCCUGGUGAACCUGGAGGACCUGAGCUUGUUCAACAACCGGAUCUCCAGGAUCGACUCCCUGGACGCGCUGGGCAAGCUGCAGGUGCUGUCGCUGGGCAACAACCAGAUCGACAACAUAAUGAAUCUCGUCUACCUGCGGCGGUUCAAGUGCCUGCGCACGCUCAGCCUCGCCGGGAACCCCAUCGCCCAAGCAGAGGACUACAAGAUGUUCAUCUAUGCCUACCUGCCCGACCUCGUGUACCUGGACUUCCGGCGCAUCGGUGACCACAUGAAAGAGCUCGCAGAGGCAAAGCACCAGUACAGCACGGACGAGCUGAAACACCGGGAGCACCUGGCGCAGGCCCGGCUGGAGGCCGAGCAGGCCCAGCGCGCGGAGCUGGAGGCGCACAAGGCUGCCUUCGUGGACCGCCUGAACGACUCCUUCCUGUUUGACAGCAUGUACGCUGAAGAUGUGGAAGGCAACAAGCUGUCCUACCUGCCCGGCGUCGGGGAGCUGCUGGAGACCUACAAGGACAAAUUUGUCACCAUCUGCGUGAACAUUUUCGAGUACGGCCUGAAACAGCAGGAAAAGCGGAAGAUCGAGCUGGACACGUUUACUGAGUGCAUCCAGGAGGCGAUCCAGGAGAACCAGGAGCAGGGCAAACUCAAGAUCGCCCAGUUCGAGGAGAAGCACUCGCUG